AUGGAUGCUGCCAAAUGGGUGCUGCCAAUAGUGUGUGGCUGUAGCAGAAAGUGGACAACCAGAGUGGAUGAAUUUGUAGCUGCCGACUCACACAUUUAUUCUGAACUUGGCAGAUCCUGCGACAAAAUGGCGCCUUUGUCGUAUGAUCUUGUACGGGGGACGAAAAAUGUGGAGGAUGCAUAUGCACUAGGGGUAUCAGCAAGGCACAGCGGGAUCAUAUUAUCACAGGUUGGGUUGUGUAAGUCACCGUGCAAGUUGUUUCAGAUGGUGCAGAAGAAAAGCUUGUGGAAUCUGCUUCCGGGGUUUGUUAAUGUUGCAUCAAAAUCAUUUGUGUGCUAUCCGACGUCGACCAAACUCAAACUAUGCCAUUCAAACUUGUCAGAAAUGUUUUUGGUGUUAUUCCUGGUGUUUUUUCCUGGUUGUGUCACUGGUUGCGUUGCUGAUGGUGUUGCUGGUUGUGUUGCUGAUGGUGUUGCUGGUUGUGUUGCUGAUGUUAUGUCUGGUUGUGUUGCUGAUGUUAUGUCUGGUUGUGUUGCUGGUGUUAUGUCUGGUGGUGUUACUGAUGUUAUGUCUGGUUGUGUUGCUGGUGUUAUGUCUGGUUGUGUUGCUGGUGUUAUGUCUGGUGGUGUUACUGAUGUUAUGUCUGGUGGUGUUGCUGAUGGUGUUGCUGAUGGUGUUGCUGAUGUUAUGUCUGGUGGUGUUGCUGUUCCUGCUAUUAAUCUUUGCACUUUUUUUUUCUAA